AUGCGCACUGAUGGAACUCUCUCUGUGAACUCAAUGAGUGAUUCUGACUUUGCGGGGCUAUACCAAGUUGACCCAUUGGAAGAUGCAUCCAGUGCCAAAUCACGCAUGGGUUACAUCAUUGAACUUGGAGGGUGCCCUCUGGUGUGGAAGAGCCGGCUCAUUUCAUCAAUUUGUCUGGCUACUGCUGAGGCCGAGUAUUAUGCUCUGUCUCACUGUCUCCGUGUCCUGCUGUCAAUUCGGCGUGUGUUGGAAGAACUGACCCAGCUCCUGGAAGUGCCCCAUGAGAUGCGGGUUACCAUUACAUCAAAGGCUGCUGAAGACAACAGUGCAGCUUUGAUUCUGGCCCGUGAUCAUCGUCUCACAUCCAGGACCAGGUACUACCACACACAAGCCCAUCACUUCUGGCAACACGUGGAUGACGGGACUGUCCAAAUCGUGCCCUGUGAGACGGCACUAAUGGAUGCGGAUUAUUUGACCAAGAGCAAACCUCGGGAGGGUCAUGAAUCCAAUCGCAUGCGUGUCCAAGGUUGGUAA